GUCCUGCUUCGCUUCUUACAGCUCGUUGGACGGCCACUCAAGAAGCUGUCAAUCCAGACGGGCAACGCGAACAUCCGCUGCUUUGGUCUCGUGUACUACAACACUCCCGCUGAUGUUAUCACUCGCUUCGCCCAGACGCUCGGAGACCCGGACAGUGCGCUCGCUGAUGGGAUGCGCGAGUUGUGCUUGAGCGCUGAUAACCAGGAGUUCCCCAUGACCGACGGCAACGUGAAGGCGUUCCUGGACGUGCUCAAGACCAACCACAAACUCAUUUACCUCGAUCUAUUGGUGCUGCCGGCGCUGUUUGACAAGUACUCGGCUGCGUUUCGAGCUCACCACCAGGAAACGCUCUGCGUGGAGAAGGAGAGGCUGCCGCUGCGUUCCCGCCUGGCGUUUCUGAGUGUGGUUCGUGGU